AUGACCGUCACUCGGCGAAUGAAUAUGACGAAGAAGGACGUUGAUGACGAACAGCGGUCAUCCGGCCACAACACUGGAGAAUCUCGAGAAGUCCCUCUGCAUAGUUUUUCUGUUCAUGGCUCCAGGGUUAGUGAGUCUAGUCGGCCGAGUGAUAAGUCGAAGCUUAGCGUGUCGUUAAUUGAAAUGAAGGAGCGCCAUCUGCAAGACAAAAUGGAGCAGCAGAUGAAAGAACUUCAAGAAAGCCAUAGCAGCAAACUGCUAGCAGUACGACAAGAAUUAGAGACUGCAAAGCUCGCAGAGGAAAUGGAGGAUAAGUUGUCCAUCCGUUCUAUCUUGAGUGAGGAAGGCAAAGAUCGAGUGAUUCAGUUUGUUGAAAACCAUCCAGUAUGGGACGCUAGGGAGGCGAGUGAUCCUUUUGUUCCAGGACAGCAGGGUUCGGUGAGCUAG